CGGGGAGCGGCGCGAGGCGGGAUUCUUGCGUCUGCAUCCAUCUUUUUACCUCAGCUUUUCCGUUCUUCUUAUUAGUAUUAUUAAAAAUUUUCAUUUUCGAUGAAUAGGCCUAUCACCUGCCCUCCAGAAAAGGCUCAACAACGGUUCGUGUGGAUGGGGAGCGGCGCCGGGCUGGAUUUUACCACACAGAUAUUUUUUUACCUCAGCUCGUUUUUUCCCCACUGAAUAUUUUUAUCAUUAAUUUAUUUUUAAUUUUGUGUUAGUUUCGUUAAAAAUCACCUGUCCACGAGAAGAGGGUCUCCAUCAGCUCAUCGUCUCAUUGCAAUACCCUUGACGAUCAACAGUUCAUCGCGUGAAGUCGGCAUGCCACAAAAUUGGCGCGAAUAGUUCGCGCGGUUCGUCUAAAUUAAUUUGAAGACUUUCUGCUCAUGGUGACUAAUAAACCGAAUCAUUUCCCAUCAUCAGUCAUGGCUGCUUUUAACGUUACGUGGUAAUUUGUUUUAUCGAAAAGGCCAGAGGACUGUAUUCUUAUUGGAAUAUACCAUUCUCUUUUAAUCAUUCCUCUUGCGUGUUACAGACUGAAGGCACUCUAUUGGGCAGUAUUUUGAUUUUAAUAUCAUGUUUUUUGGUCCUUUUAUUCGCCUGGAAGAUGGCAGCUGAUUAAAUUUUAAUCUUGAUGCAUUCUGGUGACACGGGAGGAGAAGAGGAGAACAGAGUGAAUCGGGGUGGAGUGGAGAGAGGAGAGGCAGUGGAGAGGAUGUAGGGUGGAUACGAGAACACCAGAAGGUUCAUUAGACUUUAGAGGGAGAUUGUCCCACCCCUUUAACCUUGUCCGUUCCUCUGUCAUUACCAAUGGCGCUGUCGCUACUGUGGAUGUGUCCUUUGUUGCUUAGCAACAUUGCUCUCUCAGAACAAGGUCUCAGUCGGGCAGCGAUGCCGUUCGGUCUCAUGAGGCGAGAGCUGGCGUGUGAGGGGUAUCCUAUAGAGCUGCGCUGCCCAGGAAGUGAUGUCAUCAUGAUAGAGACGGCAAACUACGGGCGCACAGAUGACAAGAUCUGUGAUGCUGACCCCUUUCAGAUGGAGAAUGUGCAGUGUUACCAACCUGACGCCUUCAAGAUCAUGUCACACAGGUGUAAUAACAGGACUCAGUGUGUGGUGGUGGCAGGAGCUGAUGUGUUUCCUGAUCCUUGUCCUGGAACUUACAAAUACCUGGAGAUCCAGUAUGAGUGUGUCCCUUACAUUUUUGUUUGUCCUGGAACAUUAAUGCGAGUGUUGGAGCCCAGUUCAGUGCGGGAGGCGGAGCAUCAGUCGGGGGCGUGGUGUAAGGACCCUCUGCAGGCGGGUGAUAGACUGUAUGUGAUGCCUUGGACGCCCUAUAGAACAGACAUGCUGUAUGAAUACGCUUCCUGGGAUGAUUACAUCCAAAACAGGGUCACCACCACUUAUAAGUUGCCGAGUAGAGUGGACGGCACUGGUUUUGUCGUGUAUGAUGGUGCUGUGUUCUACAAUAAGGAACGCACACGCAACAUUGUGAAAUAUGACCUGCGAACGCGCAUCAAGAGUGGUGAAGCCAUUAUUGCAACAGCAAACUACCACGACACAUCGCCAUAUCGCUGGGGCGGGAAGUCUGACAUUGACCUUGCAGUGGACGAACAUGGGCUGUGGGUCAUAUAUGCCACUGAAGCCAACAGCGGACGCCUCGUUGUUAGCCAGGUAAACCCCUACACGCUACGCUUCGAAGGAACGUGGCAGACGAGCUUCGAGAAGCGCAUGGCGUCAGAUGCAUUUGUUGCGUGUGGCAUAUUAUAUGCCGUUCGCUCCGUGUACCAGGAUGAUGACAGCGAGGCAGGCGGCGACCUCAUCCUGUAUGCCUAUGACACGCAGCAUAACCGUGAGGAGCCAGUGAGAAUCCCGUUCCCCAACCCGUACCAGCACAUCUCCUCCAUCAGCUACAACCCCAGAGACAACCAGCUAUACGUCUGGAACAAUUACAUCGUCCUGAGAUACCCGCUGGAGUUCAGCCCACCACAGCCCACCUCAGAUCCUCUGUCUACUCCUCAUCUCUCCACCACUCCUCUGAGCUCUCUCACCUCUACUGUGUCAAUGGGCUUCAGUCCCACCUCCGUACCGUCUAUUACCUUUCAUCCAAUAGGGGCUAUUAACAGAGCUCCGGCAGGGAGGCCCAUCACUGCCACGGUACCGGUGACCGUGAGGCCCCCUCGCCGCCCACUGGGGCCCCGAAUACCCAUGUGUGAGGGUCGGGUGACCCGCGGUGUCCAGUGGCCCCCUACACAACGAGGAGAAACAGUGGAGAGACCCUGUCCUAAAGGAUCACUUGGUAUAGCGUCAUAUCAGUGUAUGGCCGACGAUGUGGUGUGGAACCCUAGAGGUCCUGACCUCAGCAAUUGCACCUCCCCAUGGGUCAGCCAGGUCGCUCAGAAGAUCAAGAGUGGAGAGAACGCGGCACAUAUUGCUGCUGUACUUGUCAAUCAUACACGGGGGCGGGUCUAUGCUGGUGAUGUCACUUCCUCUGUGCGUCUGAUGGAGCAGCUUUUGGACAUUCUGGACUCACAGCUGCAGGCGCUCCGCCCCGGCAACAAAGAUUUAGCAACACGCAAUUACAACAAGCUUCAGAAGAGAGAACGAACCUGCAGAGCGUUUAUUCAGGCGGUGGUGCAGACGGUGGAUAAUCUGCUACGGUUGGAGGCGCUGGAGUCGUGGCAGGACAUGAACGCUACAGAACAAUCACACACCGCCACGAUGCUGCUUGAUGUCAUGGAGAAAGCAGCGUUCCUAUUGGCCAAUAACCUGUAUGGAGGUCACUUCAGUGACCGUGCGCCUAACGUCGAUCUGGAGGUGUAUGUGCUGAACACAGAGAUGGAGUUGAAGGAUUUGUCAUUCCCGAACUCAUACGACAGUGACAGCACCAUCCACCUGUCAUCAUCCACCAUCAAACAAUACAGCCGCAACGGUCAGGUAAGGGUGGUUUUUACACUCUAUAAGAAUCUGGGCUCGUUUCUGUCGACUCAAAACGCCACCGUGAAGACUGAUGGCGAGCUGAAGCCUGGAGGACCCAGUCUGGCUGUCAACUCACACAUAAUCUCAGCAUCUAUGAACAAAGAGUCCAGUCGAGUGUUUCUGACCGAACCUGUGCUGUUUACACUGCGACACCUGCAGCUGGAGAAUCACUUCAAUCCGAACUGUUCGUUCUGGAAUUACUCUGAGCGCUCGAUGAAGGGUCAGUGGUCAUCGCAGGGCUGCAGACGUCUGCACAGUAACAACACACACACCACCUGCGCCUGCUCACAUCUCACCAACUUCGCUGUGCUCAUGAGCCACCAGCAGCCUGCUUAUCCGGGUGGAGUUCAGGGCUUGAUUCUGUUCAUCAUCACGUGGGUGGGGAUGGUGAUUUCUCUGGUGUGUUUGGCUCUGUGUAUCUCCACCUUCUGCUGUCUGAGAGGUCUACAGAGCGACAGAACCACCAUCCAUAAGAACCUCUGCCUCACACUCUUCAUCUCACAGCUGCUCUUCCUCAUCGGCAUGGACAAAACACACUACACCGUUGUGUGUCCAGUGCUGGCCGGUCUGCUUCAUUUCUUCCUGCUGUCGGUCUUCUGCUGGCUCUGUAUGGAGACUGUCCAGCUGUAUGUGUUGAUGGUGGAGGUGUUCGAGAGCGAGACAUCUCGGCGCAAAUAUUAUUACCUUACUGCGUAUGGAUUCCCAACGCUGGUAGUGGCUAUUUCAACUGCUAUUGACUACAGGAGCUAUGGAGGACCCAAAGCUUGUUGGCUGAAGGUGGAUAACUAUUUCAUCUGGACAUUUGUUGGCCCCGCCUCCCUUGUUAUCUUGCUGAAUCUGGUGGUAUUGGUGAUCACUGUUCAUCGCAUUCUGCGUCACUCCACCGUGCUGAAACCAGACUCCAGCCGUUUCGACAACAUCAAGUGCUGGACGGUCAGCUCAGUCACACUGCUGUUACUCGUCUCUUUGACGUGGAUAUUUGGCCUCCUGUUCAUUAAUGACAACAGUGUGGUGAUGGCGUAUCUGUUCACUUCAUUUAAUGCUUUACACGGCAUGUUCAUCUUCCUGCUGCACUGCGCUCUUCAGAAGAAGGUGCAGAAAGAAUACAGCAAAUGCUUGCGUCAAUCACGCUGCUGUGGCCACGCCUCCUCAGCCAGUUCCCAUGGUCCUCUGAAGAGCUCUGCCCACCGCGGCAACAAUCGCUACUAUAGCGGUAGCCAAUCACGACACGCACCAGCACAAAGACAGAGUCGUAUCAGGAGGAUGUGGAAUGACACAGUUCGGCGUCAAACAGAGUCGUCCUUCAUGGCAACAGAGAUUAACAACACACCCACACUCACCCGAGGCACUAUGGGUAAUCACCUCCUGGCCAAUCCAAUGCUACAGACCCACUCUGGCUCCCCUUACAACACCUUAUUGGCUGAAACAUUCAACCCACCCUCUCCAGCAGUGUUCAACGCCACAGGCACUUUCAGAAACUCAAAGGGCACACUGUCACGCAGUCGUGAAUCUUGCGGGUUGGAGGGAGUUCGACUGAAUGGAAACUACAACAACAGCUACUCACUGCACGGGGGGAGCUCUGACUUGCUCGGUGGCGUUCCUGUGGGAUCAGGGUGCGUGUCCGGAGAGGUCAGCCCUGCCCUUUUGACACCCAGAGGAGCGGAGCCUUCUGGCUGUCUGCGGCGAAACCUUUCCGACGCGGCAGCGUUGGAGAAAAUGAUCAUAUCUGAGCUGGUCCAGAGCAACUUGCGGCCCGCCACUGAUCGCUAUGGCAACGGAACAAGUUCUACGAUGCACCGUCAGGAUUAUGCCACGUCAACGAGUCACCGAGAACCUCCACAACGACCACUACCCCGCCCCCCUCCCCCACCCCCGCAGGACGAGGAGGAGUUACUAUACAAAGCUUUGGAAAAACCACGCCUACCGGACAAGCCCAGAAUACCAGACAAACCCUGCCUACCGGAUAAGCCCCACCUCUUGGAGCACGCUCAGUCCGUGUUCUACCAGAGCGAGGAGGACUCGGAAAGCUUCUCUGCGGAAAUCACGGACAGCGUGGGCAGGGCUGGACCGGACUCCUCCGUGUAUGCACGGGACCGGGAUUCGUCCUAUCCCGACAGCAGUCCCGAGGCACUCGGGACGGAGCCACACCCAGCCCUCCCACCAGACGAGCUGUACUUCAGCGCGGGACGUCAAGCACACAUCUCUGCAUUUUACCAACCUCCGCCACGCAGGACCAAUGACGAGGGGCGGCUUGCGCUGCAGCCCUCGCAGGGUGAAGGUGAUGGACAGAUGCAACUGGUGACGAGUCUGUGACUAGGGCGCUGGUGACCGGGACACGCAGAUCUGGAGGAGGAACACGAGGACGUGCGUCUUCAACAUCAUCUUUGUCAUCAUCGAAAUUAAUGUCAGGGUGAAUUGGUCACGAACACGUCUAGUUCAUAUUUGAAGACAAUUUCGGGUUCAAAACAAGUUUACAAGUAUGCCCGUUGUUUAUUAAAAAAGGGACAAAUUUGGGUUCCAGUGAGACACUAAUGGAAGUGAACGGGCCCAAUACGUAUGUUUCAAAAGUAUAGCCACAUAACGUAACAUUAUACAUGCCAACAUGAUUUUAGAGUGAUAAAAUCACUCACACACCUUAUAUUGUUUAUGUCUUGUGGCUGUACUUUUGAAAAAGUAUUGGUCCCCUUCACUUCCAUUUUAAGAGCCUUGAUGUAACCAAGAUUUUUCUUUUUUUAAAUUAAGUAGGGUGUCUAAAUUAUUUUUGCAAUUUACAAAUUAUUUCUGUAAUGCAACUAAAAAAAAUUUUAUUACUGUAAUGCCAAAGAAAUCAUAUUAAAUUAUUUCAAUAAAACUCAUUAAAGCUAGUUGAUACAUCAUGGUACAAUGCAAACAAAUCAAUGUCUUGCUGAUUUCCAGUAGAAAUAUCUUUAAAACUAUUCUUAAAACAAGAUGAAUUGACUCGAGAAGCAAAAUGACAUUGCGAUAUUUUGAAAUUCAGUAACGUUUAUGCUUAUAACUAGAAAAAGCUUUUUGCCAAUGAAGUAAGAAAACAACUAGAUUCAAAGGGAAAACAAACACAUUUUCCUAACCCCAUUGGCUAAUAGUUUUUCUUGUUUUAAGCAUAAACCACAUCAAAGUUUGUUUAUUUGAAAACAAGACUAAAUAUCUUGUCACGCUGACUAUCACACCUGGAGUCCCGGGUUUGAAGGGCGUGCUGAGUGACUCCAGUCAGGUCUCCUUAGCAACCAAAUUGGCCCGGUUGCUAGGGAGGGUAGAGUCACAUGGGGUAACCUCCUCGCGGUCAUUAUAAUGUGGUUCUCGCUCUCGGUGGGGCGUGUGGCGAGUUGUGCGUGGAUGCCGCGGAGAAUAGCGUGAAGCCUCCACACACGCUACGUCUCCAUGGUAACACACUCAACAAGUCACGUGAUAAGAUGCGCGGAUUGGCGGCCUCAGACGCGGAGGCAACUGAGAUUCGUCCUCCGGAUUGAGGCGAGUCACUACGCCACCAUGAGGACUUAGAGCGCAUUGGGAAAUACAAAU